GAAGAUGGGUAGGUGAGGUGUGAGGUGGGGCUGCUUGUGAGAAUGAGGCUGAUGUGUGUUUCAGUAGGGGAGAAGUUGAACCGUGGGAAUUCUAAACGGUCAAUGAAUGGAUUCGGUCGGCGAUCGACGAAUACCACAUUGGAAAGCCGCAUGACGAUGGAUGACUCGCUCCUGGUGGCAAGCGGCACCAACCGCGAUCAGCCGACUCAGAAGGACGCAUCCCCUGUUCAAGAGAAAGAUGUUCCAAAAGGCUGGGGCGGUCCUCAAUCGUUGGGGAUCUACACGUAUGCUCCCCAACUGCUACCACAAUCCAUCCCCCGACCCCACUCCUUACCAGGCCUGUCCUACGAUCACCGAUCCGACUGGCGGAGAUCUAUAGAGCAGGCGAGAAACCUCCUUCAGAAGCAGGUAGAAGAGAUGGCUGCGGCGGCUGAGGAAGGUGAGCGGGCGAUCUUGGCGGAGAAAGAAGGAGAGUAUAAUCGAGGCCUGGAUACGCCCGACACGACGGUUCCAGCCCUCGCACCACAGGCGGGACCACACCCGCCCGAAGAGCCAGAUAUACCCGAGUCGGAGCUCUGCAAAUACUGCGACCUCCCUCGCGAAGCCCACGAACCUCCCAAACCCACCACCGCUACCCUCAUCAACCCCACCGGCCCUCGAACCCCCAGUGCCCCCCACUCCCUCCCGCACCACCCCACUACCUACCACCCCUCGUACAACUCCAUCUCGAUCCCCCUCCCCGCUCUCGAGGAACUCGGCAGCAUGGUAGAUGCAGGGCUCGAGAAGCUGGGGGAGGGGCUCGCCCACGUGCACGCGCUUGCGCGGCAGGAUAUUGAGUUGCGGGGGGUGACGGAGGGGGUGGCGGGGGAGAUUGCGGAGGGACAGGGGAGAAGGCGGUUGUGGCAGCUUACGGAGUGUGGGGCGAGGGGGAAGGGGGAGUGGGUGGUGGAAAGGGAGAUGGGAAAGGAGGUGGAGAGGGAGAUGGGGCGGAAGGCGUGGGGGAAGGGAUUUGGGAAAGGAGGUUUUGAGGAGUUAGUGACGGACCAUCGGUGUUGAUGUGCGCUCGGGAUGGGACAUGGAAUACCUGUGUAUUCCCGUAGCCAUGGCAGUGGGAAUCCGCCUGGGGAGAUGCCAUACUAUGGCUACUCAUGGGAUUUCGACUGAUCUUAAUGCAUAAUAGGGAUCUGAAUCAAAGGACUUUGCGGAUUGUGAUGCCGUCCCCUUGUCUUCUUCAGAGGGCUUUGAGAAUGGGCUCGAUUUCAACUUGAAAAGAUAAACAGGCACAACCUCGUCAGGCAAUAUGGAAGUUAUCCCGCUUGUCUCACCCGUGAUACGGGACGCCUUCUGAAGGGCUCAACCACUUGAUAUGCCCGUGCCUUACCUUAAGCGUAGAGGAGUGGUGGCUAGGAAGAGGAACAUCGCGGACGCUGUGGCUGCGAUCCGUCAGUCAGCUCCUACCGGGUAACCGACUACAAUUGAGC